UAAAGUGUUCAGUGGAGAGCAAGACAUGGAUGAAUCAACUUUUUAUUGUGGGAUUUAAAGCAUCUUGUUUUUUUUCUGGCUUUACUCUUGUUUGAUAUCAUCAUCCCUGCUUGGCUCAUUGUUGGAUUAUUGGUUUCUUGUUGAGAAAACAGACCACGUUGGCUACCUCUUCUAGUUCAUCUUUUGCUGGAGCAUCUUUGUAAGUUUGCCAACAGGUCAGGUUUGUUUUAGUCUUCAAUGCUACCAUGAGUUCUGCUGACUCUAGCACAGGAAUUGACCUUCUCCAGGUCAGGGUUGAGUCCUUGAGCAACAAAAUGGACCGGCUCAUAAGUAUCCAGGAAAAAGUGCUCAGCCGGCUUGAUGGCAUGUCUCAGGAUAUUGAUGGAAUUGAGAGAGAAGUAGAAACUUUGAAAGUGGAAAAGGAGGAGAUCCAUCUACCUCCAGCCAUCCGUACAGGACCAGUCCAUGAGAUGAAGGAAAUGUGCCAAGAAAUGAACAGCAUCAUGCUGACAGUAAAUCAUCGCUCUGAAGAACAAACCCAGAAGCUGGAGGGAAUGGAAAGACUUGUGAUGAGCAUUCAGCAAGUAGUCAGCUUUAUUGGAGAGACUGUGAAAACUUCCAAAAUCAUGGAUAUUAUGUUCAAAGGGCCAACUGCUCGGAAGAGCAAAGUGGAUUCAGCUAUCAAGUCCAAGGAUAGUAAAAGCAAGCAGAGUACCAAAAGGCAGUCCUUAGAUAACAGUGUGCCUGCCACUCCUAAGCUAAAGGAUCAUAAAGGUAAAGACGGGAAGAUUCAUCUUAGCAUCAAAGGCCUCAAAGUACAGAAGAAGAAGAAACCACCUGAUUCAACAGAUACAAUCUCAUUGAAGAAACAGGCACUGUUGCUUGAGGAAGUACGGAAACUUAACCAAGAGAAUGCAGAACGCUCAGAAGGAUCCCAAAAUGUUCAAGGUGGUGUGCAAAAAUCAGAUGAUGGUCUGCUUACUCCAAUCCAACAGGACCUCAUCUUGGAGGAGACCAAGGCCCAUGCAACUGAGCAAGAGACAUACUCAGAAGAACAAAAGGUCACUGUGGAGCUGAAAGACAAUGAUAGGAAAGGUACAGAACCAAAGACAGAGGACAUCCAAAGUGAAAAAGGUAAUGAGAUACCACUAGAGACACACAAAGAACAGGAGGUAGAAGAUGAAGAAGAGCAGAUAGCUGAUGAGGGUCCUUCAGAGCCUGACAUUACUGACACAAAGGAGCCUACAACUCCUGACAACUCACUGCAAAGCAGUGAGUCUGAGCAAGUGGAUGAGGUGACUACGAGCAGCAAACGACGUGUAACAGAGGAAGAUCUAGGUUUGGAGGACCACAAGAAGAGCAGGGUGGAGGAAGGUCAAGAGGAAGGCAAGCAGGAGCCAGAGGAACCCGAAGAUCUGCGUGGUGUUUUUAAAGCUGAGGGUGUGGAGAUUGAGUUGGAUUUCAGUAAAAUUAAGGAUGAAUACGAGGAUGAAGAUGAGUAUCACAGUGAGCACUUCUUCAUUGACUGUACCCCACCUCCACCAGCUCCCUUCAGCCACCGCGUUGUGUCUGCCAAGCCCAACCAGAUAAACAACUUCUACACCAUCAACCGACAGGAGGUUCUUGGAGGAGGUCGAUUCGGUCAGGUGCACAAAUGCAUUGAAAAUUCUUCUGGACUCUCUUUGGCAGCUAAAAUAAUCAAAGCUAGGAGUCAAAAAGAAAAGGACGUGGUGAAGAAUGAAAUUCAAGUUAUGAACCAGCUCGACCACGCCAACUUGAUACAGCUCUACGCCGCAUACGAGUCCAGGAAUGACAUUAUCCUUGUACUUGAAUAUGUUGAUGGAGGAGAAUUGUUUGACAGGAUCAUUGAUGAGAACUACAAGCUGACAGAGCUGGACACAGUGACAUUCAUCAGGCAGAUAUGUGAGGGCUUACGCUACAUGCACAAAAUGUACAUCCUCCAUCUGGACCUAAAGCCAGAGAACAUCCUUUGUGUUAGCAGAUUAACAAAUAAAAUCAAGAUCAUCGACUUUGGACUUGCUAGAAAAUACCAGCCCAAAGAGAAGUUACGAGUGAAUUUCGGUACGCCAGAGUUUCUCGCCCCAGAGGUGAUCAACUAUGAUUUUGUAUCCUUCAACACUGAUAUGUGGAGUUUGGGCGUUAUCACAUAUAUGCUGCUCAGUGGUCUGUCACCGUUCCUCGGGGAUGAUGACAAUCAGACACUAAAUAACAUCUUAGCCUGUCAGUGGAACUUUGAGGAGGACGAGUUCAUAGACAUCUCAAAAGAAGCCAAGGAUUUCAUUUCCAAACUGCUCAUUGUAGAUAAAAGUUGGAGGAUAGGAGCAUCGGAAGCGUUGAGGCAUCCCUGGCUGUCAGAUCCGACCGUUCACUUCCGCCUGCGGGAGAAGAAAAAUAUGUGUCGUUCGCGCAGAAAUUCUUCAGUGCAUCCACCAUAGAGUUCAUAGGGACCAAGCCUGCUGUGCGACCACGAGGAUUAUUGGACAUUACGUUGUGAAGAGACAAAGAUUAUCAGAGCAGAUUGCCCUUUGCAUAAACCUGCUGUUGGCAUUUCUAAAUUUACAACUGCAUGUUCUGUGAAGUUGAUGCUAUACUAGAAUGUGAAAUCAAGUCUUUAAUUUUGCUAGUCUUUAUCAGACUUCGUAACUCGUAAGAGAUUUUUAAAAAGCAAAUUUCAUCUGUUGUUUUGAUGCGCUGGGCAGUUCACUUUAAUAGGCAACAUAACACAUACAUACCAACCCUAUAAUUAAUAUUAUAAUACUAUUAAUGUAUCUAUACAUACUGUAGCUACAUUAUUCCAUGCUGCUUAAGAAAAUAAAAGCUACGCAGUUGAAGAAAAUUGCGACUGUAAAAAAGAAACAUAUUUGUGUCUAAAAUAAUAUAAAGUAUAACAUACAAAUUUGAUUUGGCUUUCAGCUAUUAUAAAUGCAGGUUCAUCAAAAUAUAAAUUAAACUAAAGGAAUAUUCCAUGUUCAACACAAGUUCAGCUCAAUCGACAGUAUUUGUAGCAUUACGUUGAUCUCCACAAAAAACAUUUUCAUCUCGUCCCUCCUUUUCUUUAAAAAAAGACAAAAUUUAAGUUAUUACAAUAUCAUGCCACAAAUGCUGCCGAUUGAGCUUAAGAUGUUUUGAACCCAGAAUAUUACUUUAAGAUUUUCAAGCCUCGUCAGUGGUAUGCUGAUUAUUGAAUAUGCUAAUGAAAUAUUCCAGCAACAUGAGGGAAUGUGAAAGGUGAAUAUUGUUUAGGUUCCCCUACUGUCGCUCACUCAACGUUGUGUCGAAUGAAGCAACACUAGGGGUCUUUCUUGAAGGCCUUGUUUACCUCUGAACUUGAGUAAAGGCCAAUAAGAAAUUGUCAGUCAGAAAUAGCAUGUCCCUCCCCUGGAUAUACGUGUAUAAAAGGAGGGAAUCGUGCAUCUGUCCAUUCAGAAUUUUUCUGAAACAGAGGUCUGUCCAGGGGUUGAAAGUCUGGUGGACUUUCAGGAGGGGGUGAUGAACACACUGAUGUGCCGCGACGCCAUGUCCAUCUCGGGACUUGAGUUUGAAGCCAGUGCUGAAGCGGUCUCAUUUGCAUCAACCCCAGCAGAGCUCUGAGCAGCUCUUUGUCUGCUUUGGUGGACAGCGGAAAGGGAACGCCGUCUCCAAACAGAGGCUAGCCCACUGGGUCAUCGACGCCAUUGAUCAGACCCUGGCCAUGCCCACCCCUUGCGGGUUCGAGCACACUCGACGAGAAGUGUGGAAUCCUCGUGGGCACUGGCCAAUGGCACCUCCCUAGCAGACAUCUACAGAGCGGCGGGCUGGGCAACACCUAAUACCUUUUACGAGAUUCUACAAUCUCAGGGUUGAAUCGGUUUCAACCCGUAUUCUCUCAGGUCCGAGCAUGUACAACUCGGUAAUACAGAACAACUGACCAGGUGUUCCACUUGCACAUGGCGCCCUUCCCCUCCACUGAGGCGAUCACGUGCACUCUUUCUCCCAGGAGAGUUCACUAAACUCACGCUCCCUGGAUUCUUUCCUCCCUAGCCCUCUGGUCCGCGAAUUCAGAGGAAUUCCCGACCAGACCCACAACGAGUACUAACUACUCUGUACUGAAAUAGGUGCUCCUAGUGUUUGGCCAUCACGGAUUAAUGCCCCCUUGUGUAUUUUCCACGUUACAGUCCCAGGUCUCCCUUGGGUAUUCCCAUCUGCCACCCCC